GGAGCUGCUCCCUCCCCCAGGGCGUGGUCCUGGGCUGCUACUUCGGGCCAGCUGCGCUCUACAUCUGGGCCAUCGGCAUCCUGGCGGCCGGGCAGAGCUCCACCAUGACGGGCACCUACUCGGGCCAGUUCGUCAUGGAGGGUUUCCUGAACCUGCGCUGGUCGCGCUUUGCGCGGGUGCUGCUCACGCGCUCCAUCGCCAUCACCCCCACGCUGUUCGUGGCCAUCUUCCAGGACGUGGAGCACCUGACGGGCAUGAACGACUUCCUCAACGUCCUCAUGAGCCUCCAGCUCCCGUUCGCGCUGAUCCCGGUGCUCACCUUCACCAGCCUGCCCAGCGUCAUGCACGACUUCGCCAACGGCCUGUUCUGGCGCGUGGCCGGGGGGCUGCUGAUCCUGCUCAUCUGCUGCAUCAACAUGUACUUCGUGGUGACCUACGUGCUGGCCCUGCACAGCCUGGCGCUCUACAUCACUGCCGCCCUGCUCAGCCUCCUCUACCUGGCCUUCGUGGCCUACCUGACCUGGCUGUGCCUGGUGGCCCUGGGCGCCUCCUUCCUGGCCUGUGGCAGCACGGGCCGCCUGGGCUUCGCCGCCCGCCCCGAGCUCUUCCUCCUCGGCCACGUCGAUUCCGAGCCGUCCGUCCCCAGGUGACCCCGGAGCCCGCGGACCCCCAGGACCCCCCGGUGUGGGGGACGGACCCCCGGGACCCCCCCGUGCCCCAGGACCCCCCGGUGUGGGGGACGGACCCCCGGGACCCCCCGAGCCCCGGGCGUGCGGCAGGAGCGGAGCGGGGACAGCGAGACCGGGAGGAGGCACCGAAGCCUGGGGACACUGGGCCAG